AUGGCUCCGGAUCUCAACUCCCUCCCUUCCUCCCCUCUGGCCACGGCCUCGAGGCCCGUACAGAACCAAGGUUCUACGGGGGAAAAGAAACCGAACAUUCUCUACAUCAUGGCGGAUCAACUUGCUGCGCCACAGCUUAAGAUGUACAAUCCGAACUCACAAAUCAAGACCCCUAAUCUGGAUGGACUCGCGGCCAAGUCAGUCCAGUUUGACUCGGCUUAUUGUCCGUCCCCAUUGUGCGCCCCUUCGCGCAUGAGCAUGAUCUCGGGUCUUCUGCCCAUGAAGAUUGGGGCGUAUGACAACGCUAGCCAGAUCUCCAGCGACAUCCCCACCUAUGCCCAUUAUCUCCGUCUUCACGGUUAUCACACCGUUCUCGCUGGCAAGAUGCACUUCAUCGGCGACCAGCUCCAUGGCUACGAGACCCGCCUGACCAGCGACAUCUACCCGGGCGACUUUGGAUGGGCUGUCAACUGGGAUGAACCUGACACGCGUCUGGAAUGGUACCACAACGCCAGCUCCAUCCUGCAGGCCGGUACCUGCGUCCGUAGCAACCAGUUGGAUUACGAUGAGGAGGUCAUGUUUAAGUCGACACAGUUUCUUUACGACCAUGCUCGGGAGGGCCCCGACGCUCGCCCUUUCUGCCUGACUGUUUCCCUCACUCACCCUCAUGACCCGUACACGAUUGACAAACAUUAUUGGGAUCUCUACGAGGAUGUUGACAUUGAGCUGCCCAAGGUCCGGAUUCCCAAGGAGGAACAGGAUCCCCAUAGCAAGCGCCUCUUGAAGGUGUGCGAUCUGUGGGACCAGGAUUUCACCGACGAGCAGAUCAAGCGGGCCAAGCGGGCUUACUACGGCGCCGUCAGCUACGUAGACGACUGCGUCGGUCGUCUUUUGAGCGUUCUGGAGCGGUGCGGGCUUGACGAGAACACGAUCAUUGUCUUCAGCGGCGACCACGGUGACAUGCUGGGAGAGCGCGGCCUCUGGUACAAAAUGAGCUACUUCGAGUCUUCGGUACGCGUGCCCCUUUUCAUCCACCACCCUCGCCAAUUCGAGCCGCGCCGCGUAUCCCAGAACGUUUCGACCCUGGACAUCCUCCCUACCAUGUGCGACCUUGUGGGGACCAAGCCUGCCGCCGGCCUUCCCAUGGACGGCAUCUCCCUGCUCCCUCACCUUGAAGGCAAGGAAGGCCAUGACACCGUAUUCGCCGAGUAUACGGGCGAGGGCACCAUCAGUCCGCUCAUGAUGAUUAAGCGCGGUCCUUGGAAGUACAUCAUUUGCCCCACGGAUGGCGUUCAGCUCUUCAACCUCGAGAAAGACCCUCUCGAGCUGGUGGAUUUGGCCAAGAUCUCGUCCAAGGGAGCUGAGACGGAGCAAGAGAAGGAGGCGGCCCAGAAGCUGGCCGAGUUUAACGCCGAGGCCAGGGAACGGUGGGAUUUUGACGCCAUCACCGAGCAAGUCUUGGUCUCGCAGCGCAAACGUCGACUGGUCUGGUCCGCUCUGACCAAGGGCAGCUUCACUAGCUGGGACUUUAACCCCGACGAUGAUGGACGAGUCAAGUAUAUCCGCUCUCAGAUCCCUCUUGACCACCUGGAGCGCCGUGCUCGCUACCCCCCCGUGGACAAGUACGGCCGGGAGAUCCCGCGAGCGACGAUCGGCUCCACCAUCUUGGUCGACCAAGCUGGCUCUCAUAACCAGUAA